AUGAGGUCACGAAUUCUAUUUCAAUUCAUAUCACGUCGGAGUAUAUCUCUAAACACGAGACCAAAAACUGCCAUAAAACUAGGACAACCUACUUACGAAACAAGGCCCCACAUUAUACCCAAACCUGGCAAUCUUACACCAGGGAUAUCAGCGCUCGAGUACUUCCAAAGAAGGCUGAGACUAGCUUCGAAGCUUCCCGAUAAUUCCCUAGCUAUUAUAAUCGGAAACACUACACAAUUCAGCUCUGGUAGUGUGUUCUACGAUUUCCAACAAGAUAAUGACUUUUAUUAUUUAACUGGUUGGUUAGAGCCAGACUCAAUCAUGGUGCUCGAGAAAAAAGGGAACAAGGGUAAUGAUGAUGAUGUUGUACUACAUAUGUUGGUACCACCAAAGAAUGAACAACGUGAAUUAUGGGAGGGUGCAAAAACUGGAUUGGACGGUGCUGUUGAGUUUUUUAAUGCUGAUUCUGUUGAAGAUGUUGGUAAAGCAUCCACUUAUAUUAGGUCGCUUGUUCAAUCCAGCAAAAUGAUCUACUACGACAACAAGUAUGCUGAGAAACCAAAGUACAAGUCUGCAUUCAGCUCGUUUUUCAACUUUGGUGGUGGUGGUAGUGACAAAUGGACUGGUUUGAAUGACAUCAUAUUGGGUUCGGGAAAACCAGUAAGCCCAUUGAGUUCAGUUGUUGCAUCUUUGCGGAAAAUUAAGUCUCCAGCUGAAAUUGAAGUUAUGCAUGCCGCUGGACAAAUUUCAAGUAGAGCAAUUAACAAAGCCAUUGGGCAAGUUGGGUCUACCGAUCCGAUUGCCACUGAAAAGACAUUAGCCAAAUAUUUGGAAUAUCAAUUUGUCAGAGGUGGCUGUGACAAACAAGCUUACAUUCCUGUUGUUGCAAGUGGUUCAAAUGCAUUGACAAUUCAUUAUACUAGAAACGAUGAUUUACUAUAUCGUGAUGAGUUGGUUUUUGUUGACGCUGGUGGUAAACUAGGCGGGUACUGUGCUGACAUUUCAAGGACAUGGCCAAAUUCAACAAAAGGGUUUAGCGAGCCGCAAAGAGACCUAUACGAAGCGGUAUUAAAUACAAACAAAAAGUGUAUUGAGUUGUGUAAUGAGAGUUUGGGAUACUCGUUACAUGAUAUUCACGAGUAUUCAGUUACGUCAUUGAAAACAGAGUUGCAGAAUAUAACUGGAUUCCAAAACUUGAGCAAAAUUGAUGUUUCACGAUAUCUCUAUCCGCAUUAUAUUGGUCACCAUUUAGGGUUGGACUUGCACGACGUGCCCUCAAUAUCUCGAUUCGAGAAAUUGGUGGAGGGGAAUGUCAUCACUAUUGAACCAGGCUUGUAUAUACCAGAGGAUGACAGAUGGCCCAAACAUUUUCAAGGGAUUGGUAUUAGAGUGGAAGAUGAUGUUGUUGUGGGUGAAGCAAACGACGAGAUUAUUAAUCUCACCAGCGGCUGCGUCAAGGAGAUUGUCGAUAUCGAGUCAUUGAUCAAUGGGGGUGUCACCACACCAGGUAUAGAUGAUGAGUUGGUAGUAUUGGAUAUUUAA